AUGAUUAUUACACUUAUAAUGAUAUAUUUGCUAACUGGAUGCUCCCGAGCAGUUCAUACACUAUUUCCACCUGUCAGCGAAUACAAUGAAACAGAAACUAAGAUUUUGGUCAGUCUUACAGCUGGAGCUUAUUCCACUGAUCCCGAGAAAUGUGUUAUUAACAUACUGCCGAAAUGGCAGGAAUGGUUCGUAUAUAAAACGAGAAGUACGACAUGCGACGUCUUUCAGAAUUCUUGUUCAUCCUAUAUAAUACGAUCGGAUAUCAUUAAGAAAAUUAUAAUUGUGUUUCGAGGUACGACGAUAAAAAAGCAACUGAUUACGGAAGGAAUGCAGUCGAUGAGAACCAUGAGAGAUUUCUUCAAUGCUGGGAUGGUUAAUCGAUAUUUCUUCAAAGCUCUUGAAAGAAUUUGGCCAAACAUAGAGCCACUUCUCAUGGAUCCGAUGUUUAAGUCAUAUCGAGUUACUUUCACUGGUCAUUCUCUCGGAGGAGCAAUAGCAUCACUGGCAGCAACUCGUACUGUAAUCCAAAAAUUACGAACCGGCAAAGAAAUUAAGCUUGUUACUUUUGGUCAACCACGAACUGGUGACUAUCAAUUUGCGUUGUAUCACAAUGCUCAUAUUCCGUUCAGUUUUCGUCUCGUCCAUCACUUCGAUUUAGUACCACAUAUGCCACCAUGUAAGAAAAAUGUAAGCUAUCCGAAUGCCGAAAAUAGUAAAAGUAAACUAUGUUUAACCGGAAAGAAUGGCUCGCCAUAUCAUCAUGGAAUUGAAAUCUGGUAUCCGUAUGGAAUGAUGAAAGGUGCAAAGUAUUAUAUAUGCUUAGGUAAACCAACGAGUGAAGAUUUCAAUUGUAGCAAUAGUUUAACAUUUGUCUUCAAGAAUUACAGUACCUAUAUCAAGGAUCAUCAGUACUAUUUCAAUAUUAAUGUUAGUCAUUUAAUUCAAGCGAAUGCAAAGCUUACGUUUGGACUUUCAACUCUUUUUGAAAAAUAA